UGUUACAGAGCCAAAAAAUAAAAAUAAAAAAUUAUUGACUUCACACGGUACACGCCAUCACUCAGAUCCAGUGAUUCUUACUGCUUUUGCAGUAUCCAUAUCUCAAAAUAAAUUCUACGCAGUGUUUUAGUUACCCACUGAACGUCGACUGCAACUCUCUACUUUGUACUUCCUAUAUAUCGAUCAGUGUUUGAAGAUAUGGCGGAAGCGAUUGUUUCGGCGAUCUUGGAGCAGAUGACUGCAAUCACCAUUGAUAAAGCAAUCGAAGCCUGGAGUCUGGUGCAAGGUGCUGAGAAAGAGGUGAAAAGACUUGAAACCAAUUUUAAAGCACUCCGGUUGGAGCUUGAAGAUGCAGAGGAGAAAGAAUACGUGGACAAACGGGUUAAACAUUGGUUAGACAAGUUCAGAGAUGUUUCUUAUGACAUGGAAGAUGUAUUAGAUGAGUGGGAAACUGCAGUUCAGCAGUUGCAAACAGAUCCUUCUGGCUCUGCUUCUGUUCGUAAGUGGAAGGUAUGCCCCUUUGUUUCAUGCUUUUCUUCCGGUUCUCAAGUUGUCAGGCGUUAUAAUAUUGCUACCAAAAUAAAGAAAGUCAAUGAAGAAGUAGAUGAGAUUGUUAAAGACAAAGUUAGGUUUGAGUUGAUAAAAAGAAAAAUCAAGCAACCCAAACGUCCAGAAACUACUUCUUUUGUGGAUGUUUCAGAGUUAAUUGGUCGAGAUGCAAUGAAAGAAGAGAUAAUCAGCAUUUUGCUAUGUGAUUAUAAGUGUAGAAAUGUUCCCACUAUCACUUUAGUAGGGAUGGGAGGGAUAGGGAAAACCGCUCUAGCCCAAUUGAUUUAUAACGAUCAUAGAAUUCAGACUCAUUUCAGCAAAACAAUCUGGGUUUGUGCGUCGGAUCCCUUUGAUCAAACCCAAAUUGCAAGAGCAAUUCUGGGUGAUCUUGACCCUGAUUCACUAAUAUCCCUCAAAACUCCAACAUUGCAAAGUGUUUUAAGUAAAAUAACCGAAAGGCUUACAAGGGAGAAAUUCCUGUUUGUUUUUGAUGAUGUGUGGACGGAUCGUGAUCAAGAUUGGGAAACAUUAAAAGUGGCUUUUAAAUACGGCAUGCCUGGGAGUUGUAUUUUAGUGACUACUCGUAAGGAAUCAGUUGCUAGGCGACUGGAGUCGCCUCAUGUUGUUCCUCUACAACUUUUAUCUGAGGAAAUGUGUUGGUUGAUACUUUCUCAAAAAGCAUUUUCUGGAAGGAGCCAAGCGAGCCGUGAAAUUUUGGAAGACAUUGGAAGGGAGAUUGCAAACAAGUGCAAAGGUUUACCCCUUGCAGCAAAAACUAUUGGAGGUUUACUACAAGAUAAAAAAGGAAGAGAAGAGUGGCAAGAUGUUUUAAAUAAUGUGAUCUGGAAAUCAAGUUUUGCACAUGAAAUUUUUUCACCUCUAUUAUUGAGUUAUCAUGAUUUGCCCUCACCCAUAAGGCAAUGUUUAUCAUAUUGUGCAAUCUUUCCUAAUAGCUUUACAAUUUAUAAAGAUGAAUUGAUCCAAUGUUGGAUGGCACAAGGUUAUCUGAACUCUGAUGGCAACAGAAGAAGAGAAUUGAAAGGGGAAGAUUACUUUAAGUACUUAGCCACUCGUUCUUUUUUCCAAGAUUUUGAAAAAGAUACUUCUGGCAGCAUAAUUUCUUGUAAGAUGCAUGACAUGGUACAUGAAUUUGUUCAGUUUUUGACUGAACAUAGAUUUGUGACAGAAGUGGUGGCUAGAAAUUCUACAUUGGACUUAUCUUCCAAAAGAGUUCGCCAUUUGAGGUUGGAAAUUCCAAGUUGGGACGCUUCUCCUUUGUCCACUUGCCUCAUAGAGAAAUUGCGAAGCCUUGUAGUAGUCUCCGAUGGUUUAUCAUCCGGUGAUGGCUUACAAGAUUUGUUCAGCCGAUCCAAGCUGCUAAGGUUCUUGGAGUUUGAUUGGCUUCGUCUACGCCCUGAACAAAUUGCUGUUGGCAUGAAAAAUUUGAUUCACUUGAGGUACCUUAGCUUGAUAUCUUGCUCGGGGUUAGAAAAUCUACCUGAAUCAGUUUGUGAAUUGAUUAAUUUACAAUCUUUGAAUCUUCGAGAUUGCUUGGAUCUUAAGAAACUGGCAGUUGGAAUGGGGAAACUGAUUAACUUGAGGUAUCUUUGUAUUAAGGAAUGUCCUCGUCUGAGUUACUACCCUAAAGGGAUACGUCAUUUAACUUCUCUCACGAGAUUAAGUGGUAUCAGGAUGAGAGUAGAUCAAAGUGAUGGUAAUGAAUUCAGUAUUGGGGAUCUAGAAAAUUUAGACCUCCUGGGUGGAAGCCUUUGUGUUGAGUUGAUAGGAGAUGCACUAAAUUGGGCUGAAGCUAAUAGAGCCAAGCUUCACAAUAAAAUACAUCUCAAGAGAACAGAUAUAUGGAUCUGCUCACCGAAUAUAAAGAAAGAAGAGGUACUUAAAGCUUUAAACCCACCAUCCACCUUGCUUGUAGAAUUGUUCGAUUACCAGAAGUGGUUGCCCUUCAAUGAAGCUCGCAUUCAGAGGAUGAAGAUAAGGGAGAAACUUAUAGUUGCUCGCAUUGUGAGCAGAGCAGCUCUUAAAUUUAUAGCUGAUUGUAGCUCCGGAAGUGGGAAGAGUACAAGUGAUUGAAAAGAACCAAGAAACCAGGUAAAAACUUUGAAGAUUUUGCUUCAUCAAGUUCACCGUGAAAUGGCAAUUACUUUUCCAUUACUCAAGAGUCAUACUAUGUGGUCCAUGAUAGUGAGUUUGACCAAAUUGUCAACCGAAAGAGGUCGCCUUGAUGCUAAAAAGUAGACAUGAAGAAAGAUAUGUUCAAUUCUAGGUAUUUACAGUUCUAUAGGGGAAGAAGGAAACAAAUAAUGUGUAGUUGUUCAAAAAUCUGUAAGACUUUGUGUGCUUCCUGCCACUUUUAGAUUGUGCAAGUAUGGUUUCACCAACUUGGGUUAAUUAUUUAUUUUUUAGUAUAAUAUAGAGUAAAACAUUAUUUGUUGUUACAUUUUGUAUAUUUGGAAUUUAAUCUCUCACUACUUUUUGGAUUUAAAAA